GAUUCUGAAUGGCCCCGGCGCGGAGCCGGCGUCCUCUCGCUGGCAUUGCCCGGCCGGUGGGCCGAGUGAGCCAGCCAAGGAGCCAUGGCCCUCGCCGUGCUUUACCUCGCCGCCUUCGCGCUGCCUGGGCUGGCUGCCGGCUCCGACCAGCGGCUCCGACAGGCUUGCGAGACCUGCCGCGGCAUCACCGAGCGCUUCGGCAAGGGUCUAACAGAUACUGCAAAAAAGAACUUUGGAGGUGGCAAUACAGCUUGGGAAGAAAAAACACUAUCUAAAUAUGAGUCCAGUGAAAUUCGUCUUGUAGAAAUCAUCGAGAACCUAUGUGACAGUAGCAAUUUUGAAUGCAACAACAUGGUAGAGGAACAUGAAGAGCAUAUAGAGACCUGGUGGUUCAAAUGGAAGAAGAAGCACCCUGAUUUGUUCAAGUGGCUUUGUAUAGAAACCAUUGAAGUUUGCUGUCCUGCUGGAACACAUGGACCAGACUGUAUUGCUUGCCGUGGGGGAUCCGAAAGACCUUGCCAUGGAAAUGGGCGCUGCGACGGAGAUGGUACAAGAAGUGGAGAUGGAUCAUGCAGCUGUAAAAACGAAUACACAGGAGAAUUUUGUUUGGACUGCUCCAAUGGCUACUACAACUCUUACAGAAAUGAUACACAUUCUAUUUGUACAGCUUGCCAUGAUUCAUGUAAAACAUGCACUGGUGCAACUAAUACAGAUUGUAAAGAGUGUAAAGAAGGCUGGAGUAGAAAUGAAGAUGCCUGUGUAGAUGUGGAUGAAUGUGCUGUAGAGGACUCUCCUUGCAAGACUGAUCAAUAUUGUUUAAACACGGAUGGCUCAUACUCAUGCAAAGCAUGUGAUCCAAGCUGUUUGGAGUGCACAGGAGAGGGGUCCAGCAGAUGUAAAAGCUGCACAUCAGGCUAUGAAAUGAAGGAGGAAAAAUGCACAGAUGUGGAUGAGUGUGCGCUCUCUGAAAAAUUGUGCACAAGAGAAAAUGAAGACUGUAUCAACACACCAGGUGGUUACAAAUGUGCCUGUGCAGAAGGUUUUCAAGACAGUGACGGUGUCUGCAUCCCAACUGUAAAACUUGAAAAGGAAACGCCCGUCAAUGUUUCUUCACUUAAUGCACAUGAGGACUUAUGAUCUACAUUCCCAGACAAGAGAGACUGAUCUCAAACUCCUAAAUUAUUGGACUGAGCAACCACUACCUGAAAUAAUAUAUAAAUGGUAUUAAAUAAGGGCAUUUUGCCAAUUUAUUUCUCGUUGGAAGUGGACAAUGAGUUGCCCUUACCUUACAGCUGCAUUCCUUUUAAAAAUGUAAAAACGUGCUACUUUUUAUACUGCUGUUAAAUUAUCCUGGCAGAAGUGACCCGAGAGAGAGAACUAUCACAAGCAUCUAGCAUUCAUAAUUCCUCGUGAAACAAUGGAAAAAAUUAAUCAUCAGAUCAAAUAUUCUUAGAUAUGGUUGAUUUUUCUACAACUAAAACUUGUCUUUUCAAUACUGAUAAAAAGGGAUCCUUUGUGGAGGGAAGGGAGUGCUUGGAAAACACUUGUGUAACCUGAAUGUCAAGUGUGGCAUUCAAUAAAGAUUUAUUUUGA